AUGACAAGUGAAGGAAGUAUACAACUUAAAGAUGAUCAGUGGGAUGUUAUAAAUUACAAAGAUGGGAAGAUCGUUAAAUUAUCACAAGUAGAAUUAAACAAUGCUGUGAAUAUAUAUAAUUGUGAGAAUACAACUUUUGUAAUAGAAAAUAAUAAAUUUAAAUCUUUACAAAUAGAGAAAUGUGUAAAAUGUAAUGUUGUAUUAAAUAAUUUAAUAUCUUCUAUUGAAAUAAUAAAUUCUAAAAAAGUUAAAAUACAAGUACUCGGAAAAAGCUCAUCUAUAUCUAUAGAUAAAUGUACAGGUGUAGAAUUUUAUUUAUCUAAAGAAAAUGUAGAAUGUGAAUUUACAACUGCUUUAUCAUCUGAAAUGAAUAUUCAUAUUCAAGGACAGGAUGAAGAAUGGACGGAAGUAACUAUACCUGAACAAUUCCAGCAUCACCUAGAAAAUGGAAAGUUAACUACAAGAGUUUCUGAUUUGUAUAAAUUUUAA